AGGCGAGACCACCCGCUGAAUUUAAGCAUAUUACUAAGCGGAGGAAAAGAAAACAACCGUGAUUCCUUUGGUAGCGGCGAGCGACCAAGGAAAAGCCCAGGCUUGAAAUCCGAGGGCCCCCGGCCCUCCGAAUUGUAGUCUGAAAAGGAAGCGUUCUCUGUGACGGGCGCCGCCUUAAGUCCACUGGAAAGUGGCGGCAGAGAGGGUGACACCCCCGUCGGGCGACGACCCGUCACUCCACGAGACGCAUCCGAAGAGUCGGGUUGCUUGGGAGUGCAGCCCCAACAUGGGUGGUAAGCUCCAUCCAAGGCUAAAUACGGCCAGGUUUCCGAUAGCGAACAAGUACCGCGAGGGAAAGAUGAAAAGAACUUUGGAAAGAGAGUAAAAAGUGCUUGAAAUCGUCAGGAGGAUAAGCGCAUGAGCCCAAGCAAACCUGCGGGCCCCGUUCGCGCGGGGCCCGGAGGUACGCAGCGCCGGUCGAUGCCGCGGGAAAAGGAGCUCGCUCCCACCGCGGCGGAGACCGAGGAUGACCCUCACGGGUCGGCGCUGGCGAAACGGGCUGAUGCGACCCGUCUUGAAACACGGACCAAGGAGGCCAACGCGGCUGCGAGCCAAUGGGUUGGAAACCACAAUGGCGACAGUGAAAGCGACCCGUGAGAAGGCGGCCUCGUGCUGCCCGCACCACGGACCGCCCCGGGGCCUCGGCGCCCGGGGUGCGUUGAGUAGUCGCGUUGGGACCCGAAAGAUGGUGAACUAUGCCUGAGCAGGGCGAAGCCAGAGGAAACUCUGGUGGAGGCCCGCAGCGCUACUGACGUGCAAAUCGUUCGUCAGACUUGGGUAUAGGGGCGAAAGACUAAUCGAACCAUCUGGUAGCUGGUUCCCUCCGAAGUUUCCCUCAGGAUAGCUGGUGCUCGAUACGUGGUUACGUCUGGUAAAGCGAAUGAUUGGCGGGCUCGGGGGAGAAGCUCCCUCGACCGACUCUCAAACUUUAAACGGGCGAGGAGGGCCGCCAUCUUAAUUGUGGCUGGCUUUCAGGGGUGCUGGCUGACCCCACCAACAUGAGUGCCAAGUGGGCCAUUUUUGGUAAGCAGAACUGGCGAGGCGGGAUGAACCGAAAGCCGGGUUACGGUGCCUAACUACGCGCUAACCUAGAUCCCACAAAGGGUGUUGAUUGAUUAAGACAGCAGGACGGUGGUCAUGGAAGUCGAAAUCCGCUAAGGAGUGUGUAACAACUCACCUGCCGAAUCAAUUAGCCCCGAAAAUGGAUGGCGCUCAAGCGCGUGACCUAUACCCGGCCGCACCCGGCUGCUGGUGAGCCGGUGCGAGUAGGAGGGCGCGGUGGGAUGCAUCGAAGCGUGCGCGUGAGCGCGCGUGGAGCUCCCGAUCGCUGCAGAUCUUGGUGGUAGUAGCAAAUAUUCAAAUGAGAACUUUGAAGACUGAGGUGGAGAAAGGUUCCAUGUGAACAGCAGUUGCACAUGGGUUAGUCGAUCCUAAGAGAUGGGGUAACUCCUUGAGAACGGCGCGGUUCUCCCCGCGCCGCCCAUCGAAAGGGAAUCGGGUCAAAAUUCCCGAACCGGGGACGUGGCAGCUGGCGGCAACGCGAGCGAAUCCGGUUACGUCGGCGGGGCUCCGGGGAAGAGAUGUCUUUUCUUUUUCACAGCUCGAUGGCCCUGAAAUCGGCUUGCACGGAGAUAGGGCCUGCGCAGCUGGUAAAGCACCGCACGUCUCGCGGUGUCCGGACCGCCCCAACGGCCCUUGAAAAGCCGGAGGAGCGAAUACUGCUCACGCACGGUCGUACUCAUAACCGCAUCAGGUCUCCAAGGUGAACAGCCUCUGGUCAAUGGAUUAAUGUGGGUAAGGGAAGUCGGCAAAACGGAUCCGUAACCUCGGGAAAAGGAUUGGCUCCGAGGGCCGGGCCCGGGGGGCUGCGCCUCGACGCCGCAGGCUGUCGGAGGUCUACCCGACGCCGGUUCACCCCGGUAAGGGCGGGCCCCGCGUGCCUGCUGGCCGACGGGCGCAGAGCGGUCCCUUCACGGGGACCCUCCCCUGGGCGGAGAGCGGUCGUCUCGGAACUGGCGCGGACAAGGGGAAUCCGACUGUUUAAUUAAAACAAAGCAUUGCGAUGGUCCCGACGGAUGUUGACGCAAUGUGAUUUCUGCCCAGUGCUCUGAAUGUCAAAGUGAAGAGAUUCAACCAAGCGCGGGUAAACGGCGGGAGUAACUAUGACUCUCUUAA